UACGAAGUAUAUACACCAACAAUUAACACCGAUAUCUUAACUGCCGUCUUCCUCUCUAAUCCUACGAUACGAACGAAUACCAGUAUACAUGCCAAUUCAAAAUGGCGUUGCCAUGGGUGAAGAGUCUCGAAGAUUGUGCCGAUUACUCCCAAGUGGUUGAACCGUACCUACCUCAAGUUUACGAAUUGCCUGCCAAGAUAAUCUAUGCUAUCUCAAGCCAUGAUUCAAUCGUCGAGUUAUACAAGAAUACCAAUCCGCUGGUGUCUGGUCUUGGGUUUUCGAUAUUCCUCGGUGCCAUAUUCUUGGUCGUAUCCGAAUUCAACCGAAAUUAUUCCCAAGUUGACCGUAUGUGGAGUCUAUUACCUACGAUAUAUAAUGCGCAUUUUGCUGCUUGGUCCCAUUUGAACAACCUACCAAGUCAAAGGGUUGAUCUAAUACUAUGCUGGAGUGUGAUAUGGAGUGCUCGAUUAACCUACAAUUACACACGGAAGGGCGGUUACAAUAUUGGGUCGGAAGACUAUAGGUGGGCAAUAAUUCGAAGCAGGACACAUCCGGCACUUUUCUUUCUACUGAAUGUCACAUUCAUCUCGUUUAUCCAAAGCAUAUUGCUUUUUCUCCUCGCAGCUCCGACAUAUGUCAUAAUGAUGACCUCGAACUUCGAACGGGAUAUUACAGCAGCGGACCUAGGCUUUGCAGCCGCCGAACUCGGACUUAUCGUCUCCGAGUGGUUCAGCGACCAACAACAAUGGGAUUACCAAGCAGCGAAGAAGCAGUACCAGGAGACGGCUAAGGUGCCGCGAGGAUGUGGACUUACUCACGAAGACCUAGACCGAGGUUUCAUCACAUCAGGACUAUGGGCAUACUGUAGGCACCCGAAUUUUGCGGCCGAACAGACAAUAUGGAUUCUGUUAUACCAAUGGAGCUGUUACGCAAGCAAGAGUCUGUAUAGCUGGGCUGGCCUAGGUCCUCUUUCUCUGAUCAUGGUGUUCCAGGGAUCAACCUGGCUCACGGAAUCAAUCAGUUCCGGAAAGUAUCCGGAGUACGAGCUCUACAAGAAGCAGGUUGGUGCUUUCAUACCUAGCUUCACUCGGUAUAAAACACCUGCAGCAACGCCGAAAGUGAUUCGGUCGAGCGAUUUAGCGAAGAAACAGAAGCCAAAGCAAAAGUAAUGUAGAUCUCUCUAUGUUCUAAUGCUCGGAUGGCGUAUGCUAGAUGCGCUCACAUGCGCAUCGUAGGAGGGUAUCACCACCAUAUAUGUCUACAGUCUACUGCAUUAUGACGCAGCCAUGCAGCUCGGACCGGAACAUCAAAGCUCGUUCGCGAAAUCUAUUUGUCCUCGCAAGCUGCGGGGAUACCUCAAUACAUGGGAACAAAUAGUUGAUCUUGGAUAGAUCCAUUGGAUAAAAGAAAAGAGAUAUCAACGUCUUAUUCAACAAAAUAGUCUGCAGGUGACCAACAAUUCUUAUUUAAUCCAACUCCAGAGGA